GCGGCGCGGGCGGGCGCGGAUGGGCUUUAUCAUCCCUUCCCCAUUCCUUCAUCCCGGGACUCUUCCCGCUUGGAGCCGCCUCCUCGGAAGGCUCUGUCCCGCUGGAGGGCUCGGGAGGUUAUGGGCGCAGGGCCACACAGUCAUUGCUUUUCCUGCUGGAUCCAUCAUGAUAACUCCAGCUUUCAAACUGACCCAGGAUCCGGAUUUUCUCACAAUAAUAAUCAGAGUACCUUAUGCCAGAGCUUCAGAGUUUGAUGUGUAUUUUGAAGGGGAAGACUUUAAAUUUUAUGCUAAGCCAUACUUUCUCAGAUUGACACUUCCUGGGAGAAUUGUAGAAGAUGGCAGAGAAAAAGCAUCCUAUAAUACAGACGAAGGAACUUUUACAAUCCGGUUACCCAAGGAGGUUCCUGGCCAAUAUUUUGAGGGCCUGGACAUGCUGACAUCUCUUUUAGCACCAAAGAAAUCAAGAUCAGCAAAGCCUUUGGUAGAAGAGAUAGCUGCUUCUGCUGAGCUGUCUGAGGAGGAGGAAGAAGAAUUUGAUUGGGAAAUAGAACAGACCCCUUAUGAAGAAAGUUCAGAAAGCACUCCAGCACUGCAGCACCCUUAUGGAUUUGGGAAUUUGCGCUCAGGGGUGUUCCAGAGGCUGCAGGAUGAGCUCAGUGAUGUGAUUGACAUCAAGGAUCCAGACCAGACUCCUGCAGAUGAACGAAGGAGGAGACGCCUGGAAGCUGAGGCUGCCAAGUUUGAGCCUGAUCAUUACCUAGCUGAUUUUUUUGAAGAUGAAGCUAUUCAGCAUGUUUUAAAGUACAAACCCUGGUGGGUUGAUGCACAUAAAAAGCUGACAGCCUUGCAGAGGGAAAGUCAUCAGGAACAUGACACUCAUACAUUUGUUGUCUUCUCUGAGGAAGAGAGAGAGCAGCUGAGAAAGUUCACAAAUAAAUCUUACCUGCUGGAUAAAAGGAGCCGUCAUCAUGUAUAUCUUGGAUUAAUUGAUAUCCUCCUGGCAUAUUGCUAUGAGAUCUGUGUCAAUGAAGGGGACAAGAAUGUUGAAUCGUCUUGGAACAUCAGGAAACUGAGUGCAACGUUGUGCUGGCUGGAGAGCUUCACUUGCAUCCAUGAUGUCCUGGUAUCUUUUGGAAGAAGAGUGCUGUGCUAUCCCCUGUACAGACACUUUGGGUUAGUGACACGUGCCUUCAGUGACACAGCCAUGAUACUGCAAUUAGGAAAAGCUGCAGUUUUGAAGUGUCUGCUGGACAUUCACAAGAUUUUCAGGGAGAGUGACCCUGCCUACAUCCUUAAUGAUCUCUUCAUUACAGACUACUGCAUCUGGAUUCAAAAAAUCAAGUCAAAAAAGUUGGCUGCACUCUCUGAGUCCUUGCAGAAAACCACGCUCACCAAGUCCCACAUGGGGUUGGAACUGGAGGAGCUGGAAGCAGCAGCAGUGCUGGUACAGGAGGAAGAGAACGCGUUAAAAGCUGCUGGCACAGUUUCCAAGCAACAGCUGCUUUCCUCGGAGUCAGAGACGAGUGACUCUGAAGAAUCAAGCAGCACUUCAUCAUCUGAGACAGAAGGCUCUGAUUCAGAUGAGCAAGAGUCCUCAACCAGUGAAGAUGGGGAAAUAAAUUCCUUCCAAGGCACACUUGAGGAGGAGAGGACAGCUCCACUUAUUGACUGUAAUGGACUGAGGCAGGGCACAAACACCUCGGCGCUGGGGGUUAGUGAUGGAACAGCAGAAGCUUCUUUGCAAUCUGUGUCUCUUCCUGGGAAAUUGAUAGAGGAAUUGGAAAUGCAAAUGCACUCUGCAAUGAGGCUCUCAGAGCAGCCUGAAGGAUUGGCUACUGCGAGCUGCGUUUCACAGGAACAAGCAGCAAACCCUGUACCCAAACCUGACAGAUUUUCAGAAGAUGCUGCUGGGAAGGGAAGUUUCUUGGAGGUGCCUUCAAAGCCAAACCCAUUGCUUUUUCUCUGCAGCACAAAUGAAGAUGAAGACUAAAGGACCAUGUAGGAACACAGUGUGACCCACGGGCACACAGCUCAUCACUGUGAUGAGAUGUCCCAAGGCUGUCCUGAGAUACAGAAAGAUGUUUUGUUUUUUUUUUUUUGUUGGAGGACAAGACUGCUUUGAAAAGAAUUUGUAUGACUGUGUGUUAGACACCCUCAUAGUUAAUUUUUGUUUUUCUCCUCUGAUUCAACAGUCUGAGAUUUGAUGUGGGAAUGUAUAAUUUCAAUAAACUUCUAGAAGCAGUUGUCAUUAAGCUUAUUCAGUGGUAGAAUAAUGUCCUAGUCAAAUACAACUGAAAUGAGUUGUAGCAUGAUUUUAGUUACCUUUAGCUGUUGGGAUUUACUUGAAAAAAUAUCAUGUUUCUACAAACUUGUUUGACACUGAACUACUAUUUCUUAAUUUUAAAAUGCUUUAUAGCUAACCACUUCAAAAAUAAUGGUUACAAGUUUAAAAGUCUAAAUAGUUGAUUGCAAAUUAUUUUUAAAUAUAUAUUUUCUAAAUUUUUGUACAAAAUAAAGGCUAUGUCUUUGUCAUCAGUACAAGAAAAAAUGGUCAUCUUAUGUGUCCAAGGGAUAGAAACUUAUAUUUCUGCAGUUCUUACAGGAGUUAUUUCAGCAGUUUUGUCAUCUAUUUAUUCUUUUUUGUUGUUUUUGAAAUGUUGGGCACUCCUGUGGACAUUUCUGUUGCUCUUUAAAGAACAGAAAUCCCAGUUAUUUCUUAUUCCUGCAUAUGGCCCUACUACCCUGCCAGUAAUGUUAACCAAAAUGAAGGAACAAUGUGGCACGUGGGUCACAAGCACAGGACUGAGAGCAAACCUGGGCUCUCUGGUCCUGACUUUGCUGGUCUGGCACGUAGCUUUGGCCAACUUACCUGCUCCUUUUUGUCUUUAUAAUAUUAAAACAAUUCAGUCACUUGAUAUAUUUUGUUAACUAGUUUCUGUUGUUGAAAUCAGAUGGCUACUGUAAAUUAUCAGCUGCUCUUUAAUCUCUACAGAAGGAUUUGGGAAGGAAGGAGAAUGGAACAUGGACCACCAGGUUUGGUUUCAGCAGGAGCACAAACCCAAGAGGAGCUCCCUGAUUCACACCUCUGAAGGAGCAAGUUGCGAUUACUAUUCAACCUUCUUGCUAUUAAAAAGUGUGUAAAAAUCCCAAGCUUAA